AUGUACUGCGGCGAUGCUGAUGAGAACAAAGUAGGUGGUUGCGCGAUAGCUGUGAGGAACGAUUACAAGAACCUGGUGGAGGAAUUCGGCUCAACGUCGUCUAGAUGCGCUUCUGUACAAACCGCUGAGGACAACAAAAAGGAUGCCUUCUACGAUGAACCCAAUGCGUUGAUGUCUAAAAUACUAAGCCAGCGGGUGGUCAUUGCCGGAAUCGACGCAAAUGCGAAUGCUGAGCGCGCGUCAGACAACGGUGACCGUCUGGUCGACUUGUGCAAACAGACGGGACUGUUCAUCGCUUCCACGUACAACAGGAAUAGACGCCAUCAGCUUAGAUGGCAGGGGCUUCAGCUCGACUACGUUCUGGCAAGGAACAUUCUUCAGUCAGAUAUCCAAAAAUCUAGAGCUGCUUGGAACGUCGUAUUCGACUCUGAUCACCGUCCAGUUCUUCUCAGCUUCAAGAUACGGUUCCACAAGAGAAACCGAGGAGUCCCUCUUCAACCGAAAAUCGACAUGGCAGGUCUGAAAGACGAUGAAUGCAGAACGAAAUUCCGCCAAGGUCUAUUCAUGUUGAAGCACGGACCAGGUAGAAGCUUAGCGAUGCUGAUUCCCUCACAAAGUGCAUCCAGGACGCUGCAAAGGAAACCCUUCCGGUUCUAUAGCUGCGGAAGAAGUUUGCCUUCGCAUCUGCGACAAGAAAAUCCACGUACAAUUCUGUAUGUGUUGCCCGUAGCACUGGCGACUUCAACCAGGAAAAGGGCUGGUGCUUUACUAAAACAGUACAACGGCAAAAAGAAAAGAUGUUCUCCUGUCCUUAACACUGCCAAUGGAGUAGCUGUCGGUGAAGCAGCCCUUCCAACUUGGAGGGAUCACUUCAAGACCUUGCUGAACCGGCAAGCGCCGUCACCUCAUGAACUCGAGCGUUCAUAG